AUGAGACCACACGUCCGAAACACGUUCAACAAGCGCGGCCGUCGCAACGACCGCGGCGAUGAGCACAACGGCGACGGCGAGCCCGAACAGCCCCCAGAGGACCCCCUCGCGAACGCGACCACGCUAUACGUGGGCAACCUGUCGUUCUACACCACCGAGGAGCAGGUUUACGAGCUCUUCUCCAAGUGCGGCGAGAUAAAGCGGCUGGUCAUGGGGCUGGACCGGUUCAACAAGACGCCAUGCGGCUUCUGCUUCGUCGAGUACUACACGCACCAGGAUGCGCUGGACUGCAUGAAGUACAUCGGCGGCACGAAGCUGGACGAGCGCAUCAUUCGGACUGACCUGGACCCCGGUUUCGAGGAGGGCAGGCAGUACGGCCGUGGCAAGUCUGGCGGACAGGUGAGAGACGAGUACAGAGAAGAGUUCGACGAGGGCAGAGGUGGCUUGGGCAGGGCUCUGCAAGGAAGAGAACGCAGCCUGGAGAACGACGAUUACGGCCGCCUUGCUUAG